GUCACUGAGGUCACGACUAUUGCGGAAGUGAAUAACAUCAAAUUCAGUUACCCGGCGUAUCGGAACUCGAGAGGGAGGAAUUUCGAGUGCAAGCGGCUCGCUGUUUUGGAUGUUUACAACGUUUACGGCUUUUUGUAAAUGUGUCACAGCUAACGGGGGCAAAAAUGGUGGAAGCCAUAGUGACAUUUGAUUACGAUGCCACGCAGGACGACGAGCUAACCCUCAAGGAAGGGCAGACCAUCACCAACAUCACGGUGAUGGAGGAGGGAUGGUGGGAAGGGGAGCUGAAUGGAAAAAGAGGAUUGUUCCCCGACAACUUUGUUGAGCUCAUCAACAAAGACAAGCCUCCACCAGUCAAGGGAAAAGCCCCUUCUCCACCCCCCGCGGAAGUCAACGGCGACUCACAGGAUGUUCCCAAGAGAGAGGGCUCGGAAAAGACGAAAAAGCUACGUGCCAAAGUGGUCUAUAGCUACCACCCGCAGAACGAGGACGAGAUCAGUCUAGAGGUGAACGACAUCAUCGAUGUGACCGGCCAACCAGAGGACGGCUGGUGGGAGGGAAUGCUGAAGGGCAAGAAGGGGAUGUUCCCUUCCAACUUUGUGACCGUGAUCGAGGGGGAGGAUGGAGCGGGAACAGACAAGACAGACGCAGCAGUAGCAAAAGAGGAAGCCCCACCCCUACCGUCAGAGCCUCCCAAACCAAAGCAGCCCAAAAUCAAAGGCGUCGGUUUUGGUAACAUCUUUGCUGGUGGGGAAGUCAAGUUAAGAAAAACACCUGCGAAUUCCUCGUUAGAUCAUUCCAAAAAAGACCCCUCCAAAUUGGGUGGACAGAGCGAACUGGCACAGAAAAGGCUAUCAUUGAAAAAACCUGACGCUGUCCCAUCUCCAACUUCUGCCGUGAACACGGAGGCAAAGCCAAAAGAGGACUCCAAGAAAGAGAGCAAACCAGAAGUGAAGAAGGAGGAGAGGAGAAAUUCCAAACCAGCGGAGGACGAAGAAUUUGAAGAAAUAGUCCGAGAGAGGGCAAGAGUCACGUUCCCCUAUGAGGCCCAGCACUCGGAUGAGCUGGAACUGAAAGAGGGCGAUAUCGUGACGGUUCUAGACAAGGAGGCAGGCGACAGCGGAUGGUGGUUUGGAGAGAUCAACGGCAGGAAAGGGGUCUUCCCAGACAACUUUGUCACAAUGCUGCCCCCAGAAAAAGAGAAAGUUAAGAAAAAAGGACCAGCACCUAUGCCAGAAAGACCAGCUUCAGGACCAAAAGUGUUACCCACAGAGACCAAACUUGCUCCUGCUAAGGCCAUGCCAACCAAACCUCCUCCUCCUCCCGUCGACAGUCCGAUGACAGUCCCGCCUCGCCGGCCCUUGGCUGACACAGUCACGGCUAAUGCACAUCCCAAGGUGGAAUCCCCUGCACCCAAGCCCCACCCCAUUGCUGCGCCUAAGCCGCCCAAGAAGGUAUUACCUGUUCCACCCAAAAAACCGGGCAUAAAGCCUAAGGCUCCGCCCCCAAAGCCUUCGCAACCUCCUGAGCGUGAAGAAGCAGCUCCUCCUGUUGUGUUAAGGCAUCAGCCGUCAGUGGAGAAAAAGGAGACCACAGAGGGAGGUUUUGAGGAUCUCAAGCCGGACAGUGGUCAGAAACUUACCCACAUCACGCUCUCCCGGCCCAAGAAUGCCAAUCGGAGACCCCCCUCGGUGUUUGGUGGCCAGGGGGUGAACUUGAGCGAGGCGAGACUCAAAGCACAGACGCAUGAAGAGAAUGCCGAUACACCCGACGGCCCUGUUGCUAAGCCACCCGCUGCCGUAACCUCGCCAACUAGUCCUACUAAUGCUAGCCAACCCCCCUGGGUUCGGGAGCUGAAGGCCCGGUCAAUAAAGAGGCCUUCCCCUUUGGCCAAAGAACCCCAGCCGCCCGUCGAAAAUGGCACCGUAGCGCCUCCACCCCGGCCCAAGUCUUCCCCAAUUGGUCCAACGACGGCAAUAGGAGCACCGACCCCAUCCCAGACAGCCAAGGGCCCAGCAGAGAUCAGCCCCUCCCCGAGCCCAGCUACAAGCAGGCCCACCAGUCUCGUUUCUGACAUGGCUGGAGGUGCUUCCAGUGCGCAGGUGGAAGAACUUAAGAAGGAGGUCAAGUCCCUCCAGGAGCAGCUGUCCAGCAUGAGGUCAGAGUUCAAGAAGGAAGUGGUGAACCUGAUGACAGAGCUGGACGAAGAGAAGAAACACCGGAUGGCCAUGCAGGUGGAGCUUGACCGCAUCAAGAAGCUGGUCCUGGAGAAACAGUGAUGACACACUCCUUAGCGAUUACAAAAAAACUGUAUAGGUAUCAUACACAUUAGCUGCUGAUCCAGGGGAACAGGUGGGCGGAGCCCGAUGGGUUAGAAGGGUAGCACAUGGGAUGGAUUUCUCCGAUGGGAUUGUAAACAUGUACAAGGCGGUCUGGGAACCUAGCCUUUAGGGAUUUCUCCCAUAUUGUUUACCCAGUGUUAAAAAGUAUUUUGUUAGAUGUUCAAACAUUUGGAGCAGGUAUUCCAAUAUUAAACAUCUUGCAUUCUCCACAAAUUAUUUGAUCCCCUGUAUUAAAAAAAGUGGAGCUUCGAACCAUUCUAUUAUAUUUGAAAGUGUAUAUUUUUCCAUCCCUGAGAUCCAUUCCAAGAAGAAAUUACUGUUCCAUUUCAGCCACCAAAUAUACUUAACUACUUUGAGGAAUACUUAACGUGCCUUAGAUUAUGACAGGAAUAUGUACAUAAUUGGAAAAUUGAAGCAAGAACCUCAUAGAAUUAGAGCAGUUGCAGGAAUUUGUGAGUGGGUUUGUGCAGAGCCUCAGUGGAUAAAAAGAGUCACAUCAACUUGCUCUCUUCCCUGAUGAGAAUUAUUCUAACUCUGUACCGUUUUCUUCUUUUGAAUUUCAAUUGCCAAGAGCCGAAGAGUUUCAAGUUAGAAACUUUUCCAACUUUGACAGCAACAGAAGGUCAACAGAUUCCAAAUUGGGUUGAAGGCAUUGUAUAUAAUCAUUUUUAAAACUAGCCUGGGCAUUUGUUUGGAAAAUUUGCCCCUUUUUGGGGUCUUGUUUAUUUCAUACUUGGGAAUGGAAUGCCCAGCACUGUUUGUAUGUUGUGAAAUUUGGCUUUUGAAAUUUGUGAUAGGCUGUUCAAAGAUUGGGUUUAUUUACACGUUUCAGAAUUAGUUUGAUGUUGUCUUGGAUGAAUGUGUGAACUGAGUCAUCUCAGAGAGGUAAAAUUUAAAAUGGAAAUUUUUUUUUGGAAAAUGGAGGUAUUUAGCAAGCAUGCAUUUCCGUUAGAGAAAAUUGAGGGGUUUUGCAUGAAACAUGAAAGUUAGGAUCUGUGCGUUAUUUUCCAGUGAUGUCAGUAAUACAUUGUACAUAUUUCCGAGCUAAUAAAUUAUAGAUUUGUAAUAUUUGGAUGCAUUAUUUUAAGCAAUGCAUCCACCAAAAUGGUUAUUCUUUUUAUUCAUAAACUCGUAAUGUCCAGAUGUAGCCAAAAAUUACAAUAAUGAAAUGGUAUUUAGAAAGAGUGUGUUAAAAUAAUCUGUGGGAACAUAUCAGUUUUUACUUAUGAGUCUAAUACAUUUCUGGUUCACAGUUGAAAUAUUUAGUAGUGUGAUUAUCAAGUAAUUUGCACAAAGCUAGUAUAUCCAGAAUUCCCAAACGUAGAAACUGCUGCCAAUCACAGAGUAUCUCAAGGAAGCAAGAAUUAGGUUUUUCCCCCUUCGCGUUCUGUUAUGUAAUUAGGAAAAGCUCCUUCUCUACCUUUUGGCUGACUGCUGAGCCGUGUACAGAGAGAGUUGUGACAUGAGUGUCACUAUAGUUGGAAACAAAAUGGCAGCCACCACUGCACGGGGACAGUUGUAUACAAAAGCUGAAUGCUCUACUGUACACAAAAUGAACAGCCAUUAUGUUUCCAAAAUCUGAAGCUGGUGGUACUCUCGUUAUACAGCUGUGGCUAAUUGUAGUAAACAGCUCUCAAGCUUCAGAGGUUUGACUUUGGUUCACCUGCUGUCAAAGGAUAAGCCAGACACAACCACAGACAGCUGAGCAGAGAGACAGAACCUGAAGUCAGUGAUUCAAAAAAAAAAGGAGACAAACGGGAAGGGGGGGGUUGAAUCUUUCCUAAUACUCAAAACUUACCUGGCAAAAGAGAUAUUAAGCCUUGCUAUGCGGAAGACACUGGUAACCAAAAGGGAUGGAGGACAGGUUGCCACAAAGUUGGCUUGUUUAGACUCAUCUGAUGUCGUCAACAUUCUCAAAGAGCAAACACUGCUUCCUAGCAUGAGGUUUGUUGCCAGCAGUGUAGAUCUUUAAAUACACAAUAUUAUUGAAUAGCAAAUAUCUUUUUGUUGUGUGGAUGCAUAUGGACUUUAAAAACUUAGGGGGAAAAAUCGAAGGAAGUUAUUGGAGAAAAGAAAGAGACUGCAUUGUGUGAUAUUUUUGAACUGUUGAUGAUUUUGAUGGCUCCUGAAGAAUUUGCUCUCAAAACUUCUUGAUGUCUGUGUUCCGUCUUCAUUUUUCAGUAUUUUUAAGCAAGAAAUUUAGGGGUCCACACUUGACAAGGUCUGUUGUCCUCCAGAAUGUACAUGUUGUUUUGUUUUCUCUUUCACUGUUUAGUUCCCUUGUUUCUAAUUCAUUCUUGCUACUUUAAGCUUACCCAACCAAACCAAAUUGCUAAGUUGAAAGUACCACUAUCUUUCUUUGGUGAUGUGAUUUGCUCACCAAAAGUCAAGUUAAAUUGAUUCAGAAGUUUUGUCUUUCAGGAAGAGUAUAAAUUGCAAUACCUGGCAGAAUACAUCUUCAUGAACAUUUAUGGAAAUGUUAAAUCUUCUCUUGUUGCUCCUCAUUCUUGUAUAGGUCUUAAUUCACAAAAUAUUUUGCUUUUGAAUGAGAUAGUAAUUGUUUUGUGAUUAAUAUUUUGAAAGAUAUUUUACUAAGAAAAUUAAAGCUGAAGGUGAUAUAAUUAUACUGCUGUAUGAUAUUUAAAUAAAAUAAUUUGAAUGAGAGGAGGUGUUACAAA